AUGGUCUCGGAUGAGCACUACGAACUCUGCUUGCCCAUCCUGCAGGACACCGCCCUCGAAGAUGAAGAUAAGACAGACAAGCUCGAGGAGCUGCUGAAGAAGGAGACCAACUUGACCGGCACGUCGCUCGACAAUGUAGUCCUCGACGCCCUUUGGCGAUUUCGAGAGGGUGCCACGGCCUCGGCCUCACCACCGCCCAUCCGCCACUCCAUCCUCAGACGCCCUUCUCCCGCAUCGUGGCGUCACGGCGGAACUCCCGCGUCGAGCUCUCCGCGCCUUGGUGUCAGUCCUCUUGCGCCGCCCGGCUUCGUACCCUCGACGUACCGAUCCAUAUCAUCAACUGCAUCGCCCUUUUCCUCGCCACGAGCUUCCCCUCGCCUCGCCUUUGCAACACCCGCGAUCCCCCAUAGCCCCAACCUCAACGCCUACGAAUUCGCCAGUGACCCAACUCCUGCUCCCGAGAUACUAGGCGACUAUCAGACGGAAAAUGUGGAAUGGUUGGUCAAUGACGAUAAUGCGAGUGUUUCGUCUGUCGGAACUUCGAGUGGGCUCAAUGCUGCUGCUCCGGAAUUUUCUUCCUCCAUGUCUGCACAGCAGCUUGACAUGUCCCCCUACGAUAUGCUUCGCUCUAUUCUGGGCCACUCCCAAACCGAUGACGAAAUCGAAAAUGCACUUGCAUCUCACGGCUAUGACUUGAGCGCCACCAUCGCCUCCAUCAUGGAAAGCCAAGCAGCCGACGGCAAUUACACAACAACUGAUGAUACCAGAAACGUCUUGAUUGGGAAGUCCAUAGCUCCGGAUAGCCGCCCAGCUACACCCACCUCGGCCCAAAAGGCUGGCGUCAUUUGCAAGUUCUACAUGUCGACCGGCCAGUGUCUUAGGGCCGACUGCCGCUUUAGCCACGACCUCAGUAAUCAUCUGUGCAAAUACUGGGUCAUGGGAAAUUGUCUAGCGGGCGAAACUUGCAUCUUCUCUCAUGAUCCUGCCAAACUGGCGAGCAGACUGACCCUGGACGGUUCUAGUACACCACCCUCUCGGGGACAGUCUGCCUUGCAGCUGCAAGAUUUGAGCUCAUUUCCCUCUUUAAGCUCAGGACCAGCUUCAGAUGGAUACCACAGCGGAACUGCCACGCCGCCGCCUGGAUUUCGACCUUUUCAUGGCACAGAGAGCCCUCGGUCGCGAUCUCGUCCUAGCAGUCGCCAGCAUGCGAAAGAGCCACCCAUGACCGCUCCAGCCUUGGAUGACAACGAGGCAUUCCCGACUCUGGGCUCCGCUUUGCUGAAGCAGGGCAAGAAGCAUCACGGAAAAAGAGGCGGCCACGGCCAUGCGCAUAAAGACAAUUUUGCUCCGAGUUCCCUUGCCGACAUCGUCAAGACGGCGCCUUCGCCUGUCCCCGGCGGCUCACCUCGUCUAGAGGCCCGGAGGCUCAACGGAGGCGCGGCAUUGUUCAAAAACGGAGAAAAUAGCGCUGCGGCUCUCGCGAUUCCCAGUCCCAAACACAUUCCGUGGUUGGAGACUGGAGAGCACGCCAACAAGGCGUAUUUGAAGGCUCGCCAGGAAGCCAUUAAGCACGGUGGACUACGAAACAAAUUUCUUCAAAGCGCGGCGCAAGCCUGGAACCGCAAUGAUGCGAGAGCAGCCAAGGCUCUCAGUUUACGGGGCCAGAGCGAGAACGACUUGAUGAGGCAAGCCCAUCGCGAGGCUGCCCGUGAGCUCUACGAAGAGCGUAACAAGCCAGUCGGCGACAUGGCCGAGAUUUAUGUUGACCUCCACGGGCUGCAUCCUGAUGAAGCGGUAGAAUACCUGGAAAAGAUUCUGAUGGACAAUUCCAAGGAAUCCCGACCUGUGUAUGCCAUUACCGGUACCGGACAUCACAGCAAAAAUGGAAAAGACAAGGUGGGCAAGUCAAUUAGAAACUUCCUCAACGAAUGGAGAUAUGCCUACCGGGAGUUUUCGGUUCCGGGGGACCGGAAUAACAUGGGAGGCAUCCUCGGAAUAGACGCAAGAAGCUGGGAUAAAUCAUUAGCUAGACAAGAGGAUAAGUCGGUAGACAUACUCAGCCAAGGCGUGGAGAUUGGCGACGGCAAAGUCAGGCUCUUGGUGCGAGACGGCCCAAAGACGGCCGCCGGCGCAAGACGAUGA